AUGCCCACCACCAAUUAUCACAUUGUUACAGGUCGACGGAUGGGCUCAGUUCCCUCUGCAGUUGUCAAACCGGCUGUCAUCGUGCCUCCGCCUUCCGCUUCCUCUAACGCGACCCUUCCCGACGACGAGGUUCUUUCCCAUGCCAGCUCGUACAGCUCUGCUACUUCUACCAGCGUCCUAACAAGCCCCACCUCCUGCACAUACAUUUUUGACUCUUUGUGGUUCUGCCUGUCGCCUGUCUACCAAGCGAAAGAGUAUUAUAUCUCCGGAGACUUCGAUGCUUGCGAGGACAAAGCGAGCGCGCUGUACAUGUGCCUCGCCAACAAGAUGUUAAUCCGCGGGGGCUCAAGGGGAUACGUGGAUUGGGUUUGA